UGAGGCCAACGGGCCAGAGAGGACCCAGAAUCAUGUCCGUGGUUCUUCCCACUCUGCUCUAUCUCGGGUUGCAUCUAGCCCAGAGCACUCAGGCUCAGAAUGGAUAUCUCCCCCCACCUGUUAUCACAGCUCUGAAUGAAUCCAUGGUUCUACCUAAAAAUCCUAUGACCAUCCUGUGCCAAGGGCCUCCAGACACUGAAGCUUAUGAAAUAUAUAAAGUGGAAGAACCUGAGCCUAGGAACAGAAAGAAAUUGCUGCUGGCUGGGAAGACCAGCACUUUAUAUAUCCAAGAGAUGAAACCAGACCAGACAGGACUGUACCACUGUUCCUAUCAGAGUGGAGGACACUGGUCCUCACUCAGUGACAUCCUGCAUGUGGUGAUGAUGGGAACUUAUGACAAACCCUCACUCUCCAGCAUGAGUGGCACGGUGCUGGCUCCAGGAGACAAUGUGAAGUUACAGUGUUUCUCCAGUUUCAAGUUUGAUACAUUUAUUCUCACCAAAGACGAUACACCUCAGUUCACCCAGAGACAAAGCUCCACAGCCCAGGACAAAGGAAAGCAGACCACCUUCCACAUUGACAAUGUCACCUCCACACAGGAAGGGACCUACAGAUGCUACGGUGCCUUCAGCAAAGACCCCUACGUGUGGUCUCACCCCAGCGACCCAUUGCAGCUUGUGGUCAGAGAAAGAUUAAAUGCUUAUGAGGAAUUGGGGACAGAAAACAGGGACCAGCCUGGGCUGAUGGAGAGAAGUCUGUUCCGCAUAAAGGCAGCAUUGCUGAGGCCAACGGGCCAGAGAGGACCCAGAAUCAUGUCGGUGGUUCUUCCCACUCUGCUCUAUCUCGGGUUGCAUCUAGCCCAGAGCACCCAGGCUCAGAAUGGAUAUCUCCCCCCACCUGUUAUCACAGCUCAGCCUGGACCCAUGGUUCUAUCUAAGAAACCAGUGACCAUCCUGUGCCAGGGGUCUCCAGAGGCUGAAGCCUAUGAGAUAUAUAAAGUAGAAGAACCUGAGCCUAAGAAUGGAAGGAAAUUACCGCUGGUUGGGGAGACCAGAACUUUAUAUAUCCAAGAGAUGAAACCAGACCAGACAGGACUGUAUCGCUGUUCCUAUAAGAGUGGAGGACACUGGUCCCCGCUCAGUGAUUCCCUGCGUGUAGUGAUGACGG